AUGAAGAACUCGGAGGGCUGGGACGGCAAGAUGAGGGUCGAGCCAAAGGCUGUCAUCACGAAUCCAGAAGCUCUGGAAGACUCCGACUACUCAGACCCAGAUGCCCCGCCUGUGGAGGAGAUUGAAGCCGACGAAGAUCUGUUGGCGGAUGAAGAUGUCGAGGCAAAGGAUAUUGACAUCGUGCAUUGUCGGAUAUCGUCGAUCCCCGCUCUCAAAUUGGAGCGCUUCACUAAGCUCGAGAGACUAUGCAUGCGCCAGAAUCAAAUAUCGCGCAUCGCAUUCCCGCCUAAUAUCGCCGAAACCCUGACUGAGCUCGAUCUCUACGAUAACCUCAUUUCCCACAUCAAGGGUCUGGAGGACUUCCAGAACCUGACAAGCUUAGAUUUAAGCUUCAACAAGAUCAAGCAUAUCAAGAAUAUCUCGCAUCUGAAGAAACUCACCGAGUUGUUCUUCGUUCAGAACAAGAUCUCCACCAUCGAAGGCUUGGAGGAGUUGACUUUGAUCAAGAACUUGGAACUAGGUGCGAACAAGAUUCGAGAAAUCGAAAACUUGGAGCAUCUCAGCGCGCUGGAGGAGCUCUGGCUUGGAAAGAACAAGAUCGUGGAGAUGAAGAAUCUGGACAGUCUCUCCAACCUACGCAUCAUCUCCAUCCAGUCCAACCGUCUCACCAAGAUCAGCGGUGUCUCUAAACUUCCCAAUCUCGAGGAGCUCUACCUUUCUCACAACGCCAUAACCGAUCUCUCUGGAUUGGAGUCGAAUGAGUCUUUGCGCGUACUCGAUUUCUCCAACAACCAGGUCACCAAUCUGGAACACCUCUCUUCAUUAAAGAACCUCGAGGAAUUAUGGGGAUCCAAUAACAAGCUCGCUAGCUUCGAUGAGGUCGAGCGCGAGCUGAAGGAUAAAGAGAAGUUGGAGACUGUUUACUUCGAGGGAAAUCCCCUUCAAAUGAACGCGCCAGCUCUUUAUCGCAACAAAGUGCGUCUGGCCUUGCCGAACAUCAAACAGAUUGACGCUACGUUUGUGAGGGUUUAG